AUGCGAAAAUAUAUUAUACAAAUAAUUUCCAGGAAUAAAAUUCAUAAUUUUAAUAAUUAUGACAGGAUUGGUAAUAAUAUUCUUAAAGUAAAUUGCGUAUCAACGUCUGCCGCUGCUUUCGACAACACUGACCUUCUCGUGAGUAACGCUAACGUGCUGACGGAAAACAAACUGGCGGAGCUAAAAUCCUUUGAGAGUCUUCCGGGGCCAAAGGGAUUGCCGUUAUUCGGGACUCUGUUGUCCUAUGUCAGACCUGGAGGAUUGUCGUUCCGGAAAAUGUUUAAGGUCAUGGACAUGAGGGCGAAGCAGUACGGCUCCGUGUACAAGGAAACUAUAGGUAGUAACCUGACCAGUGUAAUAGUGAGUGACAUGGAAGAAUACUUGAAAGUGAUAAGAGCCGACGGGAAGAUGCCGAAUAGAAUCGAGUUGGAACCGUUCAAGUAUUUCCGAGAACGUAACAAUUUCGAUAUCGGUAUCGUUAACAGCCAGGGCUUGCAGUGGCUGGAAAAGCGUCAGAUCCUCGGCCCCAAAAUUAUGGCUCUCUCCGAAAUUCUGGAUCACGUGGGACCGAUAAAUGACGUCACGAUGGAUUUUUUGAAAAGGAUGGAUGAGAAGUUACUGGAUAGAGAUGGGCUGUUUAAAAAUUUGGAGCGCAAUUUGUUCACAUGGGCCUUGGAGGCUGUCGGUACGUAUUUAUUCGAGGCAAGAAUCGGUUGUUUGAACGAACCGAUACCGCCAUUUGCCGACAUGUUCAUCACUCACUUGUCCGGAAUGUUCCGAGAGAUGCAAGGACUCAUGUACGGACCGCCCAUCUACAAGUACAUAAGCACUCGCAACUGGAAAAGAUUUGAGGAUCAUUGUUAUAAAAUUAUGGAAGCCGGGAUGACUCUGAUCGAAGAGACUUCUUCGUCUUCCGCCCUGUUAACGUUUCUCCUCUCCCAGAAAUCCAUGAGUGCCAGCUCCGUGAACCUCACCAGUAUCGACGUCAUGAUCGGGGCCAUUGAAACUACCUCAAAUAGUUUCACUUGGAUGCUGUACUGCCUGGCUAGGAACCCUGAAGUACAAGAGAAACUAUUUGAAGAGGUUCUUCAGUACUUGCCGAACAAAGAUUCGCCAGUGACCCGUGAGGUUAUACGAAAGAUGGACUAUGUCAGAGCCUGUCUGAAAGAAACUCUGAGAUUCUACCCCAUCACGUUUGCUACCAGCAGAAAACUGGCAAGUGAGAUCGAAUUAAAAGGAUUUAGAAUUCCUAAAGGCACUCACGUCCAAGCCAACCUAUGGACAAUUGGUAGGGAUGAGAGGUUAUUCCCCCACCCUGAGAAGUUUAAUCCGGACAGAUGGUUGAGAAAAUCCCACGAGGUUAGCCACUUGGCCACUGCAUUAUCUCAUCUUCCGUUUGGGCACGGGCCGAGAAUGUGCAUUGGUCAACGACUAGCAGAGAUGGAAAUAUACACCAUGGUGUCAAAGCUUAUAAGAAACUUCAAAGUCGAAUGCGCCGAAAAAGGUGAGGUUCAGCCGAUUCUUAUGACCGUCCUGACCCCAGACCGUCCAAUGAUGCUCAAGUUCAAACGCAGAUGA